GGCGGCGGGAGGUCAGACGUGGGUUAACGGUGCUCCCGAAGAAUCGGGCUAGCGACACAGUGCUGCCGCGUUCGGCCUCGCUCCGCGGAGCUACGGGCCGCGGAGGCGGCGGGCCCUGGCCGCUCCGGAGCCAGCCCCCGCCUCAUGUUUGCGGGACCCCUUGAUCUUACCCAUCACCCAGGCCCCCCGCGUCCUGGAGCGUUCUCACACAGCCCUUUGACAUCUAAGGCACUGAGAUAAGAGCUCUGACCGGGAUGGUCUUUCAUCCUGGAACGGUACCAUUUCGUGGAUGGUGAUGAUUGCGUUUUACGGAAAAGUGAACCGAGGUAAAAACUGAGUUGCCCAAAACCUUAAAGGAGUGACAGAAAGAAAAAAAAGAAGGCAGAAUCCUUCCUGCCUACCUGAACUUCCGGGACUUAUUCUGAAACAUUAAUGAUUGGCCCUAAGUGUUCAGAAUAGACAGCAACAGAGCAUAGAUUUCUGUGCCCCGAGGUUGCUUGAAUUAUCUUUCUUUUUGCAGCGUUUUAACUCAAAUGGGUGAUGAAAAGGACUCUUGGAAAGUGAAAACAUUAGAUGAAAUUCUCCAGGAAAAGAAACGAAGGAAAGAACAAGAGGAGAAAGCAGAGAUAAAACGCUUAAAAAAUAACAACGCUUCUUCGGUGAAGUUCUUUUGUACUUCCAAAUGUCACAGUCUGAUGACCGGGAUUCCAAAAGGGAUUCCCUUGAGGAGGGGGAGCUGAGGGAUCACCGAAUGGAAAUCACUAUCAGGAACUCACCAUACAGAAGAGAGGAUUCUAUGGAAGACAGAGGAGAGGAAGAUGAUUCUCUGGCCAUUAAACCACCCCAGCAAAUGUCUCGGAAAGAAAAAGCCCAUCACAGAAAAGACGAGAAGAGAAAAGAGAAGCGUAGACAUCGUAGCCAUUCAGCCGAGGGAGGAAAGCACGCCAGAGUGAAAGAGAAAGAACGAGAACAUGAACGUCGGAAACGCCAUCGAGAAGAACAGGAUAAAGCUCGCAGGGAAUGGGAAAGACAGAAGAGGAGGGAAAUGGCAAGAGAACAUUCCAGGAGAGAAAGGGACCGCCUGGAGCAGUUAGAAAGGAAGAGGGAGCGGGAGCGCAAGAUGAGGGAGCAGCAGAAGGAACAGCGGGAACAGAAGGAGCGGGAGCGGAGGGCAGAAGAGCGGCGCAAAGAGAGAGAAGCGCGUAGGGAAGUCUCUGCACACCACCGCACCAUGAGGGAGGACUACAGUGAUAAGGGAAAGGUUGGCCACUGGAGCCGCAGCCCUCUGCGGCCACCGCGAGAGCGCUUUGAGAUGGGAGACAACCGUAAGCCAGUAAAAGAAGAGAAGAUGGAAGAACGAGACCUUCUGUCAGACCUGCAGGACAUCAGCGACAGCGAAAGGAAAACCAGCUCGGCCGAAUCGUCAUCAGCAGAAUCAGGCUCAGGUUCUGAGGAAGGGGAGGAGGAAGAGGAGGAGGAAGAAGAGGAAGAAGGGAGCACCAGUGAAGAAUCAGAGGAAGAAGAGGAGGAAGACGAGGAGGAGGAGGAAGAAGAGACUGGGAGCAACUCUGAGGAAGCCUCAGAGCAGUCUGCAGAAGAAGUGAGUGAGGAGGAAAUGAGUGAGGACGAAGACAGAGAAAAUGAGAACCACAUCUUGGUUGUUCCAGAGUCACGAUUUGACAGAGAUUCUGGGGACAGUGAAGAAGGGGAAGAAGAAGUGGGCGAGGGGACCCCACAGAGCAGCGCCCCAACGGAAGGAGACUACGUGCCUGACUCCCCAGCCCUGUCGCCCAUUGAACUAAAACAAGAGCUGCCCAAGUACCUGCCAGCCCUGCAGGGCUGCCGGAGUGUAGAGGAGUUCCAGUGCCUGAACAGGAUUGAAGAAGGCACCUAUGGAGUGGUCUACAGAGCAAAGGACAAGAAAACAGAUGAAAUCGUAGCUCUGAAGCGGCUAAAGAUGGAGAAGGAGAAGGAAGGCUUCCCAAUCACGUCGCUGAGGGAGAUCAACACCAUCCUCAAGGCCCAGCACCCCAAUAUCGUCACUGUCAGAGAAAUCGUUGUGGGAAGCAACAUGGACAAGAUCUACAUCGUGAUGAACUAUGUUGAACAUGACCUCAAGAGCCUAAUGGAGACUAUGAAGCAGCCCUUCCUGCCAGGGGAAGUGAAGACCCUGAUGAUCCAACUGCUGAGUGGGGUGAAACACCUCCACGACAACUGGAUCCUGCACCGUGACCUUAAGACCUCCAACCUUCUGCUGAGCCACGCUGGCAUUCUCAAGGUGGGUGACUUUGGGCUUGCUCGGGAGUAUGGCUCACCCCUGAAGGCCUACACUCCAGUGGUCGUCACCCUGUGGUAUCGCGCCCCAGAACUGCUGCUCGGUGCUAAGGAGUACUCUACGGCUGUGGACAUGUGGUCAGUGGGCUGCAUCUUUGGAGAGCUGCUGACACAGAAGCCUCUGUUUCCCGGGAAGUCAGACAUCGACCAGAUCAACAAGGUUUUCAAGGACCUGGGAACUCCCAGCGAGAAAAUCUGGCCAGGCUAUAAUGACCUCCCAGCAGUCAAGAAGAUGACCUUUAGCGAGUAUCCCUAUAACAACCUCCGCAAGCGAUUUGGGGCUUUGUUAUCAGAUCAGGGCUUUGAUCUCAUGAACAAGUUCCUGACCUACUACCCUGGGAGGAGGAUCAGUGCAGAAGACGGCCUGAAACACGAGUAUUUCCGAGAGACCCCCCUCCCCAUUGACCCGUCCAUGUUCCCCACAUGGCCCGCCAAGAGUGAGCAGCAGAGGGUGAAGAGAGGCACCAGUCCACGGCCCCCUGAGGGCGGCCUGGGCUACAGCCAGCUGGGUGAUGACGACCUGAAGGAGACGGGCUUCCACCUCACCACCACCAACCAGGGAGCUUCAGCUGCUGGCCCUGGCUUCAGUCUCAAGUUCUGAGUCAGAGUGACUGACCUUGGCCAGCUAGAUUGGUGACAGGCAGACAUGAAUCAGGGCAACUUUCUUUCUUUCUUUUUUUUUUUUUUCUUUCAUGUUGUUUGUUUUGGGGUGGGUUGAAAAUUUGUAGAAUUAAAUCACAUUUUUCCUUCUGGAAAGGAAAGAGUUUUCAGAGUUGUCUAACUUGCCUCGUGAAAAAGGGUGAGCAUCUGGAGGCGCCAGAGUAGAUGGUCCACCCCUCCGCGUAGUGAGGCCGGUCUGGAGCGAGCUGGAGUUGUCUGCUUGUCGGUCUGGGAGGCCAGUGGAACUAAGCCAGACCCAUCCACCACAGGCUUUGGCUCUCAGAACCAGGUAUGGGAUGACUUUAGCCACAGUGGGUUUUUAUACAUGAGGUUGUUAGAUGUUUUAAGUAGUAAACUAUUCUUGAAGGAA